AAACGAUAUAACUGAAAAACUCUUCAAUUUAUUUUCAUUUCAAACAAAUAUAUCGCGGUUUAUGACAAAUACAUUUGAUUUAAAAAUUAAGCUUUAAGAAGUACUUUUGCAGUGGUUUCGUGUAUUUUAAGAUAAAUACAAAUUUUAAAGCAGAAUCCAUUGCGAAAGUUGCUUCAGGCAAAUUUUAUUACAACGUUGGAAUUAMGAUACUUUUAAAGCCAGGUGUAUUAAUUGAGGCUAGUUCUGAAAUAACCAAUGUGACCAAUCCAAUUUCUAAAAACAAAAUAUUUGCAAAAGUUGGAUUCCAUCAGGUUGGAUGUUUUAAAGAGCAGCCUUUAGUCGACAUUUGAUAAGUAAAGAAAGUCACAAAGAAAAAGAAAAACAGUAUAUAGAUUAUACUUUUCCAAAAAAUUAUAAACAAUGUCUAGCGAAAGUGAUUCUAUUCAGCAUUCCUUGCCAUCGCCUUCAACGUCGCCACAACUCGUCAAAAAAAUACGGCUCGAUGAACAGGCUCUCCACGAGCAGGCAACUGCUAUGAAAGAAAAAGGCUUCUCUCUAAGCGCUAUAGAAGAAAUGAAAACUCGUGUUGAGGAGAACAACCAAAGCGGAACACUGGAUCAGCAAUUGCGUCAGUUUCAAGUAUUGGACGAAGUACAGGGAUCAGGAUCUGAAGAUUCUGAAAUUGCAAGUGAAAAUGGCGAUACAAAUUUUGAUAAUGGUGACGGAUAUGAAUCCUCUGAUUUGGAUAUAGAUGACAAUGAAAUUGAAAAUUUACUUAACGAAAAUUUACCUGAUGAUUUGAAGGAGCCUAAAAAACCCAAAUAUGAAGAGCGAUUUAAAACAGUAUUAGAAGAGAAAGGCCACAAUCAUUUUGAAGUGUUGCCGGAAGGUUGGGUACAAGUUACACAUAACAGCGGUAUGCCUCUCUUUUUACAUAAACAAUCUCGUGUCGUGUCGGCGUCAAGACCAUACUUUCUUGGACACGGUAGCGUAAGGAAACAUGCCAUUCCAUUGGGCGCAAUUCCUUGCCUAAAUUAUAGACGAGCCAUUGACGAAGAGGAGACGGAGCGUUUGAACCAUAAAACCGCUGAAAAAAAUUCAGCGAUGCAAGCAGAAGAGGUAAUCGAAACCAACACUGUUAAAGUUCCUAAAUGUCCGUAUGUUGGUGCCAACGUUAGCGCAGUUGUUUCUACAGACUCUAGUCAGUUCGCGCUGGUUUCAUCUUCUACGAAUGGAAAAGAGAUGGACAUAAGUGAACCUGCUGCAACAGCAAUAUCUGAUACACCUACAGCCAUCGCACCAACAUCAGCGAACGCGGCAGAUCUGGCGGCUAAUGUUGCAACAUUAAAGAGCCUAGUGCCGCCUGCGAAAAUUGUGACCGUCACUGAGAAUACACAAAAGGAGUCACUCACUCCCGAACAAUUGAACCAAUACUGCGCGAAACUAUUCAAAUUCAAAGUGAUACGUGUUUUACGUUUUCGUUCCUGGAAUGCGCGACGGAAAUUUACAAAAAAUCGAAAACACAUUAAAAAUUUGCAACGGCCGACUCUGCCGGAUGGUACGAAACUAAUUAAAUUCCCAAUAUUGGCGCCAAGUGGUGAUACAAACGCGAAYACGCGUGGUCGAAAAGAAUGGAUUAUGAAUCCGAAUGGAAAAAGUUAUGUCUGUAUUUUGCAUGAGUAUGUGCAGCAUGCGUUGAAAAAGCAGCCAACAUAUGAAUUCAAAGAAUUGGAAAAUGCAGCAACGCCCUACUCUGCAACGGUGUCAAUCAACGAUUUGAAAUAUGGCACUGGUUAUGGCACCAGUAAAAAACAGGCCAAAUCAGACGCUGCGCGUGAAACAUUAGAGAUACUUAUACCAGAAAUGAAGGACAAAAUUACGGGUAUUAAGCAAGAUAAGAAUGCACCGAAAAAUAAUCACAAAGAUUUAUCAGUUUUUGACGAUAUCAAAAUACAAGAUCCACGUGUAGCCGAGUUUUGUAAUAAGACAACAGAGCCCUCACCGCAUGCUAUAUUGUUGACUUGUCUUCAACGGAAUUUUGGUCUCGGCGAUGUGCAGAUAAAUUACGAAAUUAACCGCACGAAAAAUAAGAAAAAUGAAUUUACCAUGACCGUGGGCAAACACACGGCCAAAGUGUUAUGCAAGAAUAAGCGUGAGGGCAAACAGCUGGCUUCACAAGCGAUUUUACAGAUUUUACAUCCACAUAUUAAGACAUGGGGCUCCCUGUUGCGUCUGUACGGCAACAAUUCAAUAAAGACGUUCAAAGAAAAAAAGCUGGAGGAGCAGGAGAUCACGGUAUUGCAAAGCAAAGCUGCGAUAAAUCAGCCAAAUUACGCUAUUCUUGACAAACUGAAAUCAGAAAUGUUAAAAUUAGCGGAAAAGAAUAAAUCGGUUGUAUCAAUGGGCACCUUUGUGCCACCCUGUGAUGUUGACCUACCAUCAUCCUCUGGUUCUAAUCUCAAUAAUGUAGAACUAUAAUCUUCAAACUGAAAUUCAGUGUAGGUUUUUUUGUUCUGACUGAUAUUAAAUAUGACUGAAGAAAUGAACAAAUUAAUAAUAAUCAAAGUGAUUUAUUGUAAUAGAAUCGCCGUCAAAGUAAACUAAGGUCGUUUAUGUUUUAGCACUUUGAAAGCUUUAAUAUUCUGRCAUACAGUUAUAAAAAUCAGGAAAAGGAGACGCUUUCUGAAUUGUAAUAAAAUUUUUUGAUAUAAGGAAUCAUSUUUUGAGUAUACAUUAAUUGCUGUCUAGUGAUAAUAGUACCCGCUUGAGCUUCAAAAUUAGUUAAAAACAUUGCGAUGUUUCUACAAAAACUUAUUUCUUAGAUAUUAGGCAAAAUAAAUUGUAAAAAUGAAAAUAAACCAAUGUAUUUGGUCGGCAAAAAUGGCAUAAUAUAGAUUUCUAAAGCAAUUAUAGAUCAUUAAAGUCCAUAAAUAAAAUAAAACGUACAUUUUUUCACAAAAGGUAGCAAAUAACCAAUGCAUUGAUUAUAAUUAGUUAGUUUUAUAAGCAAUAGCUUUACAUUGAGUCUCUGUAUGCAUAUAUUUAUACAUCAGUAAUAUAUCGCCACCUGAAAUGCAAAAUAACGUAUCMUCAARAAAUUCGAAAUUUAGUGUCUUAUUGAUUACGAUUCACCACUUCAAAUUACAUAUAGUACAUAAUGUUACAAAUGUCCAAC